AUGCUUUACCUGAAAAAGUACUUCACAGAGGGCCUGAUUCAGUUCACCAUCCUUCUGAGUCUUAUUGGGGUGCGGGUGGACGUAGACUCCUAUUUAAACAAUCAGCUGCCCCCUCUGAGAGAGAUCAUUCUCGGCCCCAGCUCAGCCUACACCCAAACCCAAUUCCACAAUCUUCGCAACACACUGGACGGCUAUGGCAUCCAUCCAAAAAGUGUGGACCUGGAUCACUUCUUUACAACGCGGCGACUUCUAAACCAGGUGCGGCAGCUGGAUCGCCUCUCUGUGCCCACGCCUGAGCUCAACACCUGGUUAGUUCACCGCGACUCUGAGACUGUGGUGUCCGCCGGCAGCCACUCGAGUCCCAGUAUCACCCUGGACAAUGGGGCCGGCCUAGACAACGCCAACAGCCCUGACGUGACCCCGGCCAUGAGGGGAGGAAGUGGGGCGCCUGAAUCCACCUACAACCUGAAUGCAGCGGAGAGCACCCUGGGAGCGGUGGCCUCGGAGGAGAACCAGGAGCCGGGCAGGAAUGGCGGGGAAGAUCUCUCCAAAGAGGACAUUGAUUUGAUUGAUGUCCUUUGGCGACAAGACAUUGACCUUGGUGCUGGACGAGAAGUGUUUAACUACAGUAACCGUCAGAAAGAGACGGAGGAGGAGAAGCCCCGCCCACAGGAGAGCAAUAAUGGGACAGAGCAGGAGCGCUGGAGGAAUGGAGUGAAUGCACAGGAGGCUCAGCCUGUCGAUGGCGAGACCGGAGAGAGCAUCCCAGAGCAGCUGCCCAGUCUUGGUUCUCAGACAUCACUUUCUCUUCAGGAGUGUCUCAGGCUAUUGGAGGCCACUUUCCCAUUUGGACAAGAAACUGAGUUUCCAGCACCGGUUGUUGCUACAGAAACGGCGGUAUCCACUGAAGACGUUCCCUCCACUUCACAGGGGGUGCUGACACAACUGACCCAGGCAGAGCCACAGUUGGACUUGGAACAGCAGUGGCAAGACAUUAUGGCCAUCAUGGAGCUUCAGACAAUGGACGCAAACACAACUCUGGUCCAGAACAAUACUGUUGUCAGUGUGUCUAAUGGCACACGUGACGCAAAUAACAGCAACUAUGUGCAUACUACUCGCUCCACUCCAAUCAACCAAGAUGUCAGCCUCCAUCAGGCCACUCUGCCGAGCUGCAGCCAGGACUUCCCCCAAAUGUUCCCCCCACAGUUUGACUCUGACAGUACCACACCCCGUCCCACCAUGCUCAGACUGGCUUCUGGCAACAGCUCCAACAUUAACUCCACAUUUGGAGCCACUAACCUGACUGGUGUGUUUCUGCCUCAAGUGAACAGCUCCAGUAACAUCACGACCACACCCAUCCUCCCAGACCCUUUUAGCGCCUUGCUGGAGGAGUCCAUGCUCGAUGAGAUCAGCCUAUUGGACCUGGCGAUGGAGGAGGGCUUCAGCCAGGCUCAGGCUUCUCAGCUGGAGGAUGAGCUGGACUCAGACUCUGGUCUUUCUCUGGACUCUGGUCACAGUCCAGCCUCUCCCAGCAGCUCAGAGACCUCCUGCUCCUCUGCCGCCUCAUCCUCCUCCACCUCCGCCACCUUCUCAGAGGAAGGUGCGGUGGGCUACAGCACUGACUCUGAGGUGGCCACAGCAGAGACUGAGGAUGGGGCUGCUGGGGGAUACCAGCCUGGCUUUAGUAAACUCUGUCGCAUGAGUUACCAGGAUCCGUCCCAGUUCCACAACCUGCCACAGCUCGACAGCAUUAGCCAUAAUCACACAUACAAUCUACAGCUGUCCUCUGCCUUCUCAGAGCGCCCGGAGCUCCCACUUUCCACCGCCAAGAAAUCUAUCAGAGACAAACAGAGCUCCAAGCUGCAGCCGCAUCAGGAUUUAAUGGACAAACAUGCGAGCCGUGAUGAGCGACGAGCUCGUUCCAUGAAAAUCCCCUUCACUAAUGAAAAGAUCAUAAACCUCCCUGUUGAGGAAUUCAAUGAGCUUUUAGCCAAACAUCAUUUGAGUGAAUCUCAGCUGGCUCUUAUCCGGGACAUCAGGAGGCGUGGCAAAAACAAGAUGGCGGCCCAGAACUGCCGCAAGCGCAAACUGGACACCAUCAUCAACCUGGAGCAGAACGUGCAGGAGCUGAGGCGCAACAAAGCUCGUCUGCUGAAGGAGAAGAUGGAGUUCAUCCGCACUAUCCGUCAGAUGAAGCAGAAGAUGCACGGCCUUUACCAGGAGGUGUUCACUCAGCUUAGAGAUGAGGAGGGCCGGCCUUACCCCCCCAACGAGUACUCGCUCCAGUACGGCAGCGACGGCAGCGUGCUCAUCAUGCCUCGCAGCAUGGCCAGCGCUGAGCAAAACCGAAAACCAGAGAAAAAACAAAAAGACAAAAAGAAAUGA